UUGCCCCGACUGCCAACCCACACUAGCUACCCCGCUUCACUAAAAAUUCUGCCCCAUUUACCAAUUCCGAGGAGGCCCCUCCCCUGCGGCGACGACUACGACGAGGUACCAUCAGCCGUCAUGUAUGGCGGAGUGUCCCUCGCGGACCUCGAGGUUCCGAUGGUGACGCGGAAGGUGACAGAGGCGAGACUAUGGCAUAAUAAGAAGAAUCCCCGACUAGGGGGCAGCGGGGACAUGCGCUUCACGGGUCUCGGUGGGCGCAGGGGACUCGGCCUGGAUGACAACAAGGAGGACUUUGAGGCCGACUUUGAAGAAUUCGAGGCCGACUCUAGGGACUCCGAUCUAGAUCUCGGUCUUAGUGGGGUGGAUGAGAAGGAUGACGACGAGGAGGUCAUCGAAAUAAAGCCCGUCGCUGCUAUCAAGAAUCGGUCCCUCUUCCAAGCAAAAAUAAAGAGAAAGAACAAAUUCAGGGGUAUCCGUCAGCGCCCCUGGGGUAAGUGGGCUGCUGAAAUCAGAGAUCCUAGCAAGGGUGUCCGUGUCUGGCUUGGUACUUUCAACAGUGCUGAAGCUGCUGCAAGAGCUUAUGAUGUUGAAGCACACAGGAUCUAUGGCAACAAGGCCAAUGUUAACUUUCCAGAGGAACCAAUAGUUCCUCAGAAGCGUCGUACUCGCCGUGCUGCUCCUAAAGCACCCAAGCUAAGCGCAUCACGGGAACCUACUGCCAUACCAGUAGUCAACAACCUUGCCAACCCAAAGGCUUUCGUCUACCCAUCUGCUGACUUUGCCUCAAACCAGUCACUUGCUCUGCAUGAGAACUUGUCAUUUGUUCCUGCAAUGAACUCUGAUGCCCCUGUUGAAGCCUCUGUUAUGAAUCUGCACUCUAACCAGGGAAGCAACUCCUUUGGCUACUCUGAAAUGGGUUGGAAUUAUGACACCAAGACUCCGGAUAUAUCAUCCACUGCUCCCAUUUCUACCAUCGCUGAUGGAGUAGAAUCUGCUCUUGUCCAGAGUAACCCCUACAACUCAGUGGUGACUGCUGAAGGAGCUGAAUCUGCUGCGCUCGUCCAGAGUAACACCUACAACUCAGUGGUGCCUCCUGCUAUGGAGAACAAUGAUGUCGAUAUUGUGGCUUUGGUGAGGCUUCUUAUGGAUGAUGGCGUGGUCGAGCCGAUCGAUAGCCUUCUGAAUUUUGAUGUGCCUCAGGAUGUCGUUGGCAACAUGGACAUUUGGAGUUCCGAUGACAUGCCCAUGUGUGGCGAGUUUUUUGAGGGAUCCAAACCUUGUAUAUAGGGACAAAGGGGAAUAAGAUUAUGGAAGAUUGGGAAGCAAUAUAUUGUCACCUUCGGCUAGCAUAUGCUUAUGUUCAAUCUUAGAUGCAAAAAAAUUGCAUCCUGAGUCUGUUGUGUAAUCGGCCCUUUCCCUAGUUGACUGUCUCUAUGUGGCAGCCAUUUAUGAUGAACCGUUGUCUUUAUAUUUUGUCAACUUUUAUGUCUUCACUACCAUUUAUGAAUGUGAACAUCAUGGAUCUAUGUCCAAUUUGCUUUAA